GCUGUACUCAAACAGAAUGGCUCAUGAUGUCAGCUCGAUUUCUUCUCCCCCUCACCCACAGAGUAAACGUCUUUGGGUUGGCGCUGUUUGUGAUUAAUGGAACAUCAAAAGCUCAGUGUGAUACAUUCCUGAGGAUAUGAGUCUGCCAGGGACACAUAAACAUCAUUAAUGAACAAGAGGCAGACUUGAGAGAGAGAGAGAGAGACGGGGUGACAGAAGGAGGGUGAGGAAGAAAACAGGAAGGCAGUGUUUAUUCUCGUCUGUAAUGUGAUGUAUAUUUACCUGGGGUUUUGAUGAUGAUUGCCUCCGCGCGGCCAUUUUGAGCGAUGGAGAGACGGUUUGCGCCCAGAGAUCUUGUGUGAUUACUUACCGUCAGCAUAUAGGACGAAUGGAAGGCGGCAAAAAAAUCCUUUUUUUUUUCCUGCGCAUCUCCCUUUCCUCUUUCAUGCCUGGUAGCAAAGAACUCAGAAGUGUACAAAGGAAAACUCCCGCUCAUCUAUAUGAAGACGGCUAUAUUUAUCUGGGGUUGUAGCUCUCUGCUGCGCUCAGAGGCUUAAUUGCCCAAAAGAUAGGGAGGCACAGAUGAAAUGCAAUUAUGCAACUGUGCGUGCGGUAUCCCAAAUAGUCCAGCUAUUGUGGACGGGGAGGCCGCUGCGUCCGUUUCCCAUUUGAAGGCCUGACUUUUGAGUUGUGUUCUUCUGCAGAAUAAAUCUGUGGAUCUUUUCAGAAAGCAAAUCCCAAACGUUUAAACUGUUUAUUCAAAGCUGCUUAUGCUAAAAGGAGCUGUCUGUUUUCUCUCUGAGUCAAGAAUGUAUUUUUUUGAGGGGGAGGAACCACUGCAUAUGUGUGGUCACCAGGACCAGUGUGUAGGAUUUAGUUACAUCCACUGAAACUAAAUAUGUGCAGAAGAACAUUUAUAAAACAGAACACGAAUCACCUGUUUCCUCUGUUGAUCUUAUUCUAAGGAUACGGAAACACUGUUAUUAUUCUCUGGUGAUUACUCACUAACAAAAUAAUUGUGAUUAUUAUAUUUCAUUAUUGCCAGUUUAUUUUAGUAGAUUUUUCCAAGUUCCAAGCACUCUGUGUAGAAUGCAAAUUUCAGACAUGGCGCUGUUGUUGCAUGAGGGUUUAACUUAAGUUCAAAAGCUGCCUUAAAUACAUGAGUUUACUCAACUGUGAGAGAUCCGGUUACAACUGUUCAGUUCAGAUUUAUUGAUAUCCCAAAGGAAAUUAAUUUUGCAGCAGACCUCAGGGACGCAGAGGACAAGGACAACGUCAGAUGAUGUGAACAGAACAAAAUAACCAUGACAAAAGUAAUAAAAAUACUAUUAACAAAAAUGUGACACAUUAAAGUAGAAGUGCAAACUAUGUGUAAAGUGCAUAAGAAAUUAGAAGUAAAAACGAUGUUUAAAAUAAGUACGAAUAAGUGCAGAACAUGGAAGAAGUUGCACGGGGAGUGCAGACAAACCUGCAGGUUGGGAACCACUGCUCUAAGCAAACCAGUCUAUUUCCUCAACUAUUCCUUUUAUUUCUGUUCUAGGGGCGUAUUCUGAACUGGCUCUGUGAAAUCUGGGUUAGGAAACUUAACGACAUGUGCUAUACACCUUUUACUGCUGAAGUCCCCUUGAGCAGGAUGGCUAACUGAGUUUCUCAGAAUGGCGUCAGUGGCGACCUGCGGGCGUAAAUGUGUGGAAGCUGCAUAUGCAUGAAGUUCAAAAUGAAAUCUCAUCCCGUGUGUGUGUGUGUGUGUGUGUGUGUGUGUGUGUGUGUGUGUGCGUGCCUCUGUGAAUCCCCCCGGUGGCAACAGCGUGAAGGAUGUAGAGCCAGAGGUGGGGGGAGGAUGGAGUGCUCCUGGAAGACGGUGCUGCUGCUGGUCUGUGCGUCUCUGGGGGUCCAGUACACGGCCAUCCGGACCCUGAGGGACUCGCUGUCUGGACCCUGUCAGGGAGUCUACCGCUGCCAGGGCAGAUUCCACCGAGACUCCAGGUGGAGAGCCCUUUGUGAUGACGGCUGGGUGCCAAUCGAGUCGCCUCGGAAGCACAUCCUGCUGUUCGCCACCACGCGCAGUGGCUCCUCCUUCACCGGGCAGCUCCUCAACCAGCAUCCCGAGAUCUUCUACGUGUUCGAGCCGCUCUACCACGUCCAGCAAGCCUUCACCAACUCCAGCAGCCGGCUGCGUCGCACCUUGGACCGCCGGGCCCUGCUAGGAGCGUACAGGGACCUGCUCCUCAACCUGUACACGUGCGAUCUUCACUUCAUGGAGAGCUACAUCCGCCCUGAGCCCCAGGACCACGUCACGAGCUCCUUCUUCCGCCGGAGCUCCAGUCACGCCCUCUGCUCCCCUCCCGUGUGCUCGGACGGGGUGGACGCAGCGCGCCCCGACCCGCCCGAUGAAACUUGGUGUCCUAAGAAGUGCGGGGCCCUGAACCUCACCCUAGCCUCUAUGUCGUGUCUGUCAAGAAGACAUGUGGCUAUAAAGACCGUGCGGGUCCCUGAGGUGGGGGACCUGCGCACCCUGACGGAAGAUCCGCGCCUGGAUGUGAAGAUCAUCCACCUGGUGAGGGACCCCAGAGCUAUCCUCGCCUCGCGCAUGAUGGCGUUCUCCGAUCAGUUUCGCGCGUGGAAAAUAUGGAACGCGACGGGGCGGCAGCCUCGAUACGUGGACCUGUCGCAGAUCACCAGCACCUGCAAGGACAUGGCGGCGUCCGUGGAAACGGGCCUGCGGAGACCGGCUUGGCUACGCGGACGCUACCUGCUGGUGCGGUACGAGGACUUGGCCUUAAACCCAAAGGACAAAGCGGGCGAGAUCUACAGGUUUGCGGGGCUGGAGAUGGAGGACAGGGUGAGGACGUGGAUCGCGAAGAACACCAACAGCAACGCGUCGUCGCCGUCUGAGUGGAACUACAGGUACUCCACCACCAGAGACUCCAGGGCCACGGCAGAAAGCUGGAGGCUCCGUCUCGGCUUUGACAUUGUGAGAACGGUUCAGAAUCUGUGCAAUAACACUCUGGCUCUGCUAGGAUACAAACAGGUUCACUCUGCAGCCGAACUCCGAAACCUGUCGCAGAGUUUAGUUCAACACAGGACAUUUCAACCAGUCACAUAAACUUUAUCAAAAGGUUUAAAAAUUCUAUUUAUUUAUGUUUCCCCAUCCGUCAAAUGCUGUUAACAUGAAUGUAAUUUAUCUCAUUUUUGAACGCCUAAAUUAAUAGGAUUCAUGAUUUUGUGAAAUAGAUUAAAAGUGCCAAAUUUCCAGUGUGUAAUGAUCCAAAAAUAAAAUCUCUGCUGCUGAAUCUGAAUCUGCAACAGCUCUAAUAGAACAAUUUUUUUUUUUUUAAAGAAAUGAUUUCAUUUAAAUGGCAAAAGACACCCACUGUUUCAGAUUAGACCUGAUCUCGGUGCAGUCGAAGAAGAAGCGAUGUUCCUGCAGGUGACACGAGGCACACGAUUUGUUUGUUAUAAAAGCAGAGGUGAAGAAAACAGAAAAUAAAUUAUAGGGCUUUCCUUCCAAAGUGUCUCUAAUGCAUUUUGGGUAAGGAUUAAAAUGUCACAUAUCGUAGGCAGAAAAUGUUUUGCCGGUGCGAUCCUCUGCAGCGCACAGCAGCUCUGUUCUCAGGAUGUGCGAAUAUAUAUUUGUUUCUUCACUGUAAAUACUUAAAUACUGAUUAAAUGUUGCAAUGCAAGUGUGCAAAUGCUACUCUAUGUACGUGACAUUUUUGUCUGUGUUACGCUGCUGUUUAUAUUUUUUAGACUUUUUAAAAUAAAUUAUUCAUAAGCAAUGUUUCUGCAGAAAUCUC